AUGCUUUCCUCUACCUUGUAUCUUCUGGCCACGGGCUUGACUUUGUCAACAGCCUUUGCCAGGCCAAAUCUCGUCCGCCGCGACGAAACUCCCCAACUUCCCUAUGAUGCAAACACUACUCCAUACUGCACAUGGUGGGUAGACGAUGAUGGUUCAACCAAGUGCUCUGACAUUCCGGCCUAUUGGGCUAUCUCAAUGGCUGACUUUGUCCGAUGGAACCCAUCCGUCGGCAGCGACUGCGCAGGAUAUGUUUCCGGCAAGUCUUACUGUGUCGAAGCAUUCGGAGAACCAGCUCCUGGUACUGGCACAACUACUACUAAAGUCACGACGACUUUAAGUGCCACUACCUCGAAAGCCACCACUUCGAGUACCACUUCGAGCACCACCACUUCCAGCACCACGACAACUGGUGGUGCUCCGGGACCUACCCAGUCAGGACAAGUGGCCAACUGCAACAAAUGGGAUCUGGUUCAAUCCGGAGACACAUGCAACGUCUAUGUAGCCAAGUAUCCAGGCCUGACCUUGGCCAACCUUGUUGCAUGGAACCCCGCCAUUGGAUCCCAGUGCCAGUCUCUCUGGGUAGACACAUAUAUUUGCACCGGUGUGACCGGCUGGAGCCCUAGCCCGACCACUACCAAGACUACCACAACCACUGCAACAGCGCCGACCAAUGGCGUCACCACGCCACAGCCCAUCCAGCCUGGCAUGAUUGCCGACUGCAACAAAUUCUACAUGGUAUCCGAUGGCGACGGCUGUGACUCAAUUGCCAAAGCAAACGGCAUCACACCCGCCCAAUUCUACACAUUGAACCCAGGAGUAGGAAACAGUUGCUCCACCUUAUGGCUUGGCUACUAUGUCUGUGUAUCACGCAUCGGGACUGCAACCACCACAACCAAGACUACCACCACUACAACAAAGCCAGCGAACGGCAUUACCACUCCAACCCCUAUCCAAGAUGGUAUGGUGGGCACCUGCGACAAAUUCCACCUAGUCGUUGAGAACGACCAGUGCAACGCAAUCGCACGCAAUAGCGGUAUCAGCCUCUCGCAGUUCUACACUUGGAACCCCGCUGUGGGCAAGGGUUGCGAGACACUUUGGAACGGCUAUUACGUGUGUGUGAAGAUCGUGGGUGUUAACCCCAUUACCACCACCACUACCACGAAAGCAACUACUACCACUGCCGGCAAUGGAAUCACUACGCCCACUCCGAUCCAGCCGUCAAUGACAGCCUCUUGUAAGAAGUUCCACAAGGUUGUUUCUGGGGAUCAGUGUGGUACUAUUGCAUCUGCAGCUGGUAUCUCACUCAGUCAGUUCGUUUCGUGGAAUCCGAGUGUUGGAAGCGAUUGCAAGUCAUUGUGGCUGGGAUACUGGGUUUGUAUUGGAAAGUGA